GAGCACAGACGGCUUUUAUUUUGAAACAAACCGCGUACGGGAAGUCGGAGGGGAAAAUCAGCUGGACUCCGCGGAAAUCACCAACAGGAGUAUUUUCCUUUUAUUUAGCUAGCUAACCAUCUGUCAACUCCCAUUUCGCCCUCCCUUCUUUAUUGCUGUCAAACCGCCACACUGGCGAUGUCGGAGUCGUACGAUUUCCUCUUUAAAUUCCUGGUGAUUGGGAAUGCUGGAACGGGAAAAUCCUGUCUUCUGCACCAGUUCAUAGAGAAGAGGUUCAAGGAUGAAUCUAACCACACAAUCGGAGUCGAGUUUGGCUCUAAGAUCAUCAGCGUGGUCAACAAAAUGGUCAAGCUUCAGAUUUGGGACACUGCAGGACAAGAGAGGUUCAGGUCUGUGACCAGGAGCUACUACAGAGGAGCAGCAGGAGCCCUGCUGGUCUAUGACAUCACCAGUCGAGAGACGUACAACGCUCUGACCACAUGGCUGAGUGACGCGAGGAUGCUGGCGAGUCAGAACAUCGUCAUAAUCCUGUGUGGGAACAAGAAGGACCUGGAUGCUGACAGGGAGGUCACCUUUCUGGAGGCUUCCCGCUUCGCUCAGGAGAACGAACUGAUGUUCCUGGAAACCAGCGCUCUAACAGGGGAGAACGUCGAAGAGGCCUUUGUCCAGUGUGCUCGGAAAAUCCUCAACAAGAUAGAGUCAGGGGAGCUGGAUCCAGAAAGGAUGGGCUCAGGUAUCCAAUACGGCGACGCUGCUUUACGACAGCUUCGCUCUCCUCGUCGUGCUCAGCCACAGGGCACCCAAGAAUGCGGCUGCUAGUGGACGUGUCCUGUAACACAUACAGAUGAGGUUUGUGAAGACCAGGAGAAAAACAGCCAUGUGAGACCUGAUAACGUGGGGUUCAGAUCGCUACGCUGGUGACUUCUCCCCGACCUUUGACCCCUAACCUUUGCACGGACCCCUCAGAACCUUGUUGCCAUGCAGAUAGCUCAAAAGACUUCCCUGUCACGCCCCCUCCCAGAACUUAAAGAUCUCCAAGGUAACCAGAGAUCAGCCAACAGUCUGCUCUUCUAUUGGACCAAACUGUCCCUCCAACCAAGACCACCCCCAACACUUCUCUCGUCCACACACCUGCCAACCCAGAUUACCACAGUUUAGAUUUCCCAGUCGACCCUCCAGCUACUUAAACAGACAUACUAAAUACAGAUUUUUGGAGCAAGCUCCACAGACCUUUAGAUUGAGCUAAACUAACUGCCCCCUGGCUCCAGUUUGAUACUUAGUGCACUGAUGCGUGGUCUUGAUUUUCUCAGAAAAAAAAAAUUCUCGUCUUGUGGAAAUAUUCCUUCGACCACAUGCUAAUUUAAGUCCCUUCCCUUCCACAGGUCUUCUGCUUCUCUUGCUCUAAUUAUCUGCUAACUCCAUGCUUGCAUUUGCAAACACACCACUAACAGUAUCCUGUGUAGCUGUGCAGUUUGCACUUCUUGUGUGCCACCUCCACUCCCUUUCUUCACCUGAUAUCACUGUUUGUAUUCUUCUUAAAAUAUCCAGACCAUCAUUGCAACUGAAUAAUUAUGCAUAGGAUGUGAUGUCAUGGGUUUGAUGUCACAGGAGGAAAAAAAGAUGAGGUUGUGGUGGAUGAAUGGCUCAAAUCUGAGUGUUGAAGUGGAUGGGAUGAGAAUUGGCACCCUCAGAUCAGACCCCAGGCUGUAAAAGGGUGAAUUACCCGCUCUCAGCUGAGACUGAAGCAGAUUAAUCUACCUGUCCUCACCUGUGGCCACAAGCUGCGGGUGUUGAACUAAAGAAUUAGUGGACGAACAAUCCCCAGCUGCAGUGUAUGGGGUCUGUUAGAGAUAGAGUAAGGAUCUCAGUCAGUAGAAACACUGCUCCUCCAUGUUGAGGUGUUUGAUGCAUGUCCUAUGGGCUGUUGUCAGACAAGCUGUUGAGAUUGCAUCUCUCAGCUGGACCAUUAAAAACUGUGGAUGCUGGGAACAGGGAGGUCUAGGCAUCUCUGCUUACACUGCUGCUCUCAUGGCCUUCAGCAGGAAAUGAGUGGAUGAGAAACACUUAAUUUGUUUCUUUCAAGCAAAAGCAAACAUGGAAAUAUUUGUACUUCCAUGACCUGUUACAUUUUCAUUGUAAAAAUGUGUUUUGAGAAAGGGGAAAAAUACCGUAUUUUAUUAGAAUUAGCAGAAACAUGGAUCUUUUCCUAAAACAGAGUCUUUAACGAUGUUAUUUCUCUAUUAAAAAGCAUGACUAAUCAGUAACAGUGAUGGUCCCAGGGCAACACCUUAAUAUUGAUAUGAUAUUGCAGGAAAUACACACACACUUUUACAUCCCCCUUUUUCUCUCCUCCUCUCCCCUAAAGCAUCCCUGUACCUGUACAGUGUUUCUGUAAAUAGUUUGACGCAUGUUUUCUCAAACAAAAUAUCAGAGUAUUUCAUUAUGAAGAGAUAUUACGUGUAUAUUAUAAUAGAUAUCAUAUUCAGCAUCUGCUUCGUGCUCCACUGCAUCAUUAUCAUUUGAAUCAACUAUACACUGGCAACUUGUAGCAGGAUACUAGUGAUGGGCAGUACUCAGUAUUUUUUUAUUUAUUUUUUUUUGUUAAACAGGACAAGCUGGUUCAGAUUUUAUUAUGAAUUAUGAGGGAAAAGAUUCUGAAACAAAUUUUUAUUUGUUGUUUUUGGGGGUUUUUUGACAAGCUCACAGAUAAUAAACAGAGGUAGCCUGACAUGUUCUGUGUAGACACUGGGCUUUCAUUUGUGUUAAAUGAAGGUACAUCUUUGAAUUCACAAGUCAGCAACCGCAACUGAAUAAAAUGUUGGUGUAAAACUUUCUUUAUCCAAAGUUUUCCACUCAAGUCUAAUGACUGACCUGUCGUACAUAAAUGUUGCCUGUUUACAUGAGUGCUGACUGCUGCCAGAUGUGGGGUCAUACUAACUUGUUGGUUUUUAAGUUUUAACGAUGGUUUGAGGCUUAUCCAGUGUGUGCUUUACUCCUUGUCAUCUCCUGUUGUUAACUUUGACCGUGUUAAGUCGGAGGAAACGAUUAUGAGGCGUGUUUUGCAUCAGAGCAUUCACGCGUCGCAUCAGCUCAGAUAUACUUUAGAUCAGGGGUAUCAAACCCAUUUUACAUUUUGGGCCACAUAUGGCUCAAUUUGAUAUCAAUUAGGUCAGACCAGUAAAACUAUCGGCUAAUAACAUAUAGGCUUACAGUUGAAAAAUAAAGGUGUAAAUUACAGGAAAACCACUGGCAGUUCAUUACCUCCCAGUUAUCUACUUAUCAUUUAAUUAAAAAAACAGACAUUUUCUGUUAACUUACAAUAUGUUUUAAUUUCUAUAAGGAAGCAUGGAAAAAAGGUUUUCUGUUAUGUGAUGGAAUCUAACAAUAAUAAGAGAGUCCAAAGUUUAUGCCCUUGUGAAGAUUUCACAUUUUCCAAAGCCAUACGAGGGGCCUUCUCUGGCCCCCGGGCCAUACGUUCACCUUCCCCGCUUUAGAUGAUAUUAGCCGUUUUAAAACGAGGAUUUGGAAUCAGACACUUCAAAUGUUUCCCAUCCUUCAGUGUUUGAUAUCUGAUGGUGGCUUUGGUUGUUCUGCAUCAUGUGUUUUUCUCAUCAGGUCAUUUGUUUGUAUUUAUGUGUGUCCUUUUUUCCUGUCAUU